GAGCCCGAGCCGAAGCACUACAUGUACAUGGGCGCGUCUCCUGAGGAGGGCAAGCCGGAGUCCUCGUGUGUUUCCAUGUCUCACCUGCAUCGCAUGCGUGAAGCCUCUGCCGGGAGUGACAGCAGUCAUGACCCGCACACCUCUCCCAGACCUCAAACACAGAUGCAUGAGGACAUGGAGAUGGGUGGAAAUGGCUCCAGUGGAAGUGGCACAGAAUCUCACAGUAACGAGUCGCAAAGUAAUGAAUCCCACUGUAAUGAGUCUGUGGGAAGUUCCAGUGGAAAUGGAAAAGAUUAUGGAACCAUGGCAUCAUCUGGGAGUAACAAGAGCUCAAACUGUCAAAGUCUUUCCCCUCCCAGUAGCAACAAUGCUUUCAGCCUGAUCAGUUCAGAGCAAGACAACCCAUCAACCAGCGGCUGCAGUAGUGAAGAAUCAGCAAAGGCUAAGACUCAGAAGGAGCUUUUUAAGUCCCUAAAAGAGCUGAAAUAUCACCUCCCUCCCGACAAGCGCAGCAAGGGCCGGGCAAGCACACUUCACACUCUCAGAUAUGCCCUGCGCUGCAUCAAACAAGUCAAAGCCAAUGAAGAGUACUAUCAGAUGCUUAUGAUCAAUGACAGUCAGCCCUCCGGUCAGGACGUGCCCUCAUACACCAUUGAAGAAAUCAACAGUAUUACCUCAGAAUAUACACUCAGAAAUGCUGAUAUUUUUGCAGUUGCGGUGUCCCUGAUCACGGGGAAGAUUGUGUACAUUUCCGAACAGGCUGCAGGAAUCUUGAACUGCAGAAAGGAUGAGUUCAACGACAGGAAGUUUGUGGAGUUUCUGGCUCCUCGUGACGUCAGUGUGUUCUACAGUUUUACAACUCCAUACAGGCUUCCAUCUUGGAGCAUGUGCACCGGAACAGAGUCGUCAUCCACUGAGUUCAUGCAGGAGAAAUCUUUUUUCUGUCGCAUCAGUGGUGGUAAAGAGAAGGAAGGAGAUCUGCAGUACUAUCCCUUCAGGAUGACUCCAUAUUUGAUGAAGGUUCAAGAUUCUGAGCUCUCCGAGGAACAUUUCUGCUGCCUCAUUCUGGCUGAGAGAGUUCACUCUGGAUACGAAGCACCAAGAAUUCCACCCGAUAAGAGAAUCUUCACCACAACACACACACCAAACUGUGUGUUUCAGGAUGUUGAUGAAAGGGCGGUGCCUCUGUUGGGAUAUCUGCCUCAGGACCUGAUUGGGACACCUCUUCUAUUACACCUGCAUCCCAGCGACAGACCGAGAAUGCUGGCAGUGCACCGGAAAAUUCUGCAGUAUGUUGGGCAGCCAUUUGAUCACUCUUCUCUCCGAUUCUGUGUGAGAAAUGGAGAAUAUGUUACUCUAGAUACGAGCUGGUGUAGCUUUGUGAACCCGUGGAGCCGCAAGGUGUCCUUUGUUAUCGGACGGCACAAAGUUCGCAUGGGUCCAAUGAAUGAGGAUGUGUUUUCAGCUCCGUCUUCAACCGAGGACAAAACCAUUGAUUCGGAUAUACAGGAAAUCACUGAACAGAUUCACAGACUGCUUCUUCAGCCGGUCCACGGUAUGGGGUCCAGUGGUUAUGGCAGUCAUGGCAGCAACGGUUCCCAUGAGCACCUGCUGAGCAUAGCGUCCUCUAGUGACAGCAAUGGAAAUGGAAAUGCAGCUAACGGUGGGAAUGGGAACAAUGAAAAGAGCAGAAAGGAAGAGCGGACCAAAAGCAAACCGAGGACAUUUCAGGAGAUUUGUAAAGGGGUUCAUAUGUUGAAGGCUCAGGAGCAGCAAGGCUCCUCUUUCAAAUCAGAGCAGAAAAAGACUUUGGACGCAGGGCUCAGGUCUCCUGUCGUAAAGCAGAAAGACUCUGCACUGCUGGUCAGAGAUGGACCUGCCUCAAUGGAGGAACUCAAGGACCACACAAUGUACUCGUACCAGCAAAUCAGCUGUCUGGACAGUGUCAUCAGAUAUCUGGAGACCUGUAACAUCCCAAACACAGUGAAACGUAGAUACCAGUUCUCCUCGAACACCACCUCCUCAAACUCUGACGAGGACAAGAAAGCCUCUGAUGCCACUCUUCAGCAAACUGAUGAUUCUCUAUGUAUAGAGGUGGCAUCAUCUAUGUCUAUAAAGACCAAUGAAAAGCCUCGCUCAUGUCCUGCCCCAGGUCGUGUUGUGGAAGGGCAUUUAUCUCCUCUGGACCUGCCCAGCAAAGCAGACAGUGUGGUGUCUCAGUGUUCCUACAGCAGCACAAUCGUACAUGUGGGCGACAAGAAAACACAGCCAGAAUCAGAGAUCAUUGAAGAUGCUGCAGAAAGCCCAGCACCUUCUGCACCUGUUAGUGUGGUUUCCCCACCGGCAGUGGAGCAGGAAGCCUAUAAGAAGCUGGGACUCACAAAACACGUACUGGCGGCACACACACAGAAGGAAGAGCAAGCAUUUCUCAGUCGCUGCAGGGAACUCUGCAGGAAUGGUCAAGCCCUCGAGAAGGACUGCCCAGCAAGCACGCAGAGAAACCGAGGACAGGCUGCCGAGGCAGGACCGGGUGCACCUGUUACAACCCCCAAGAAAAGUUGGCGCACCAAAAAGGCAAAGAAACCACGCAAAAAACAUCACGAUUCCUCAGAUAAUGCGUCUCAGCACAGACCUCUCCCUCCCCUGCAGGGUUUAAACCAGACAUCUUGGUCCCCUUCCGAAACAUCCCAGUCUGGGCUUUCAGUCCCAUUCCCCACGGUGGUCCCAGGGUACCCUCUCUACCCUGUAGUCCCCCCUGUUACCCCGCCACAAGCCCCUGCAGGAGUAGCAGAGUCCCAGAGCACUCAGCCUUGUGCGGCUGCUUAUCCAACCCCAUUGGUCUCACCAGUUGUAGCAAUUGUUUUGCCCAGUUUUAUGUUGCCGCAGAUGGGCACAGCAGCUCCCUCUCCUUUCUAUACUGACACCCAGCAAGCCUACAGUUCUCUCUUUCAAACCCAGCAAGCCUACAAUGGCCAGCAGCCCCUUCAGCCCCAGCAAGCCUACAACAUCCAGCAACCCUUGCAGUCUCAAGUCUACACCGGCCAACAAGCAUUUCAGCCACCACAAGCCAAUACCAACCUUCAAGGCUGCAAUAAUCACCAGAGCUUUCAGCCCCACACCUCCUUUACUUCCCAGAAGCCAGCGUUUACACCCCAGACACAUUUCCAGUAUGGAAUGACAUCUGAGCCCAAACCAUGUGUUGUUGCGUCUACAGAGUGUCCUUCUCCUUUGCCACCCCCUUACUCCCCUCCACUGUUUGAGUCUUGUUGUAGCUCUCCAUUGCAACUGGACCUGCUUCAGUUGAAGGACAAGCAGGACUCUCACACCCAGGGUAACGGCAGUUCAGGACAGGACAAAAUCAACACAGCCAUCAAUAGCACUUCUGGAAGGGAUGACUUACAGCAGGUGUGUUGUUCAGGUAGCGGUUGCCCCUGUGGUGACCACUCCUCAUCCAGCAGCGUGUUGGAGCUGUUCUUGCAGGAAGACUCUCAUUCCGGCACAGGUUCUGCCAUGUCAGCAUCUACUGGCUCCAUAUCCAAUGACUGCAACUCCUCCAUCAGUGGAACAGGAAGCAAGUAUAUUCUUCAAGAGCCUGAAUGUAAACUUGCGGCCUCUAUUGAUGAUAACUGUGUCAUGAUGACCUAUCAAGUGCCGUCAAGGGACAUGGACAAGGUUCUGAAGGAAGAUAGGGAGCGUUUGAGGCGUAUGCAGAAGAACCAGCCCUGUUUCACCUCAGACCAGCGUCGAGAACUGAUUGAUCAGCACCCCUGGAUGAGGAGAGGAGGCAUACCCAAUGCCAUCAACAUCAUGGAUUGUAUGUUCUGCGAGAAUGAGGUCUCCUCUCAGCCAGAAGAAGACCUGCCUGAUAUGGAGUUGGGGAUUUUGAGAGGACAGGUGGGAAAACAUGGAGGAGAAUCUCAUUCACAGGAAGAGGAGCAGCAACCUAGUGGAUCAUGAUCUAGGUUUUGACAAUGUACUAAUCUCAGCCAGCAGAGGACAACAGGACCUUCACGCCUGUACACAGUUGAAGUUUAAUCAGAUAUCCUUUGUUUCCUGAAAGAUUAUGAAUGUGUUUAUUUAUGUGUGCGUGUAAAUACAAAAGAAUGCCAGAUAGCUGACUGAUUAACCUAAAGAUGCUGUUCAAAUGUGCGCUCUUCUCUGAUUGGCUGGAACUGCUGUCACAUGGACCUGACUAUGAGCACUUAUGUAGCUACAGCAAUGUUUUCCUUCAUGGAAUGGUGCUCUGUGCACAUAUCAGAACAUACGCAAAUAUAUAUGAAUGAGGUGUAGAGCACAGUGUGUAGAAAUGAAAAGGAGAAACAGACCUAUUAUGAACACAAGCCAAUACUAAUGCACCAAUGCAAUCAAAACCAAGAAAUGAAACGCCACCAUAUACUGUGAGUUUGGGGAUCAUUCCAGCCAAAUAAGCUGCUGCCAACAUCACAUGACCAGUCUAUUCCACUUACUUUUCUUUUCGUUAGAACAUGCGUAUUUUUUUUCUGUGGCAGUUCAGGGAUGUGCUAGUAAGCACAGGGAUGGGAACCAGUGUUUUUGUAGACAUUUUUUGUAGGUCUUCAAGAAAUUGACCGAGAAAUCGAAAUUUUGACGUUUCGUCACUUCUUUUGUUGUUUGGCUAUAAUAUGUUCUGUUCACAUUGCAGACAGUUGUCCAACAGUGACAGAAAUCCUGUAAACUGAUCCCGUACCUGAAAUACUCUGCUUCUAUUGUCUGAAGUUUGGUGUAUUGUGGGGUUUACCUCAUGGCCAGUAGUGCACUGCACUGUGUAUGAACACUGCCACUGGCUCUCUACAUCUCAGUUUAUGAUGUGUUGAAGCAAAUAAAUGUACGACGAGCUGAAAGAGCCAUAGGGUUGUGGCGCCUGCUUAAACUGUUCCUGUCAGUAAACAUUAGUUUAUUCAAAUUUAUUUAAUAGUUUUUAUGAGCAUGUCAUUUUGGUUUGUGUUUGUUUUUUCAUAAAUGUAGUGAAACCAACAUGUCUCAUUAUUCCUACCUUGUAAUAAAAAGAUACCUCUA